CAACAGCCACAAGUACCAUCUCAUCUUCGUCUCAAUCUUGGUUCAUCUACUGUAGGUGACAUAUAAUAUAUAUAUUGAAUAUAUAAUAUGUAUUCUGUCAAGGUGAUAAUACUAAUUGCGCUUUGCGCGUCAGCAUGGGCAGCGCCACAGAGACCAGCUGCUGGUGGUCCUGACAAAGAUGCGACCAUAGUAUCUCAGCAAUUAGAAGUUAAUUUUGACGGAAAUUAUGUCAACAACUUCGAAACCAGCAAUGGUAUAAGCCACCAAGAAUCCGGGCAGUCAAAACAAGUUGAAAACGAAAAUCCCGUAGUUUCACAAGGAAGUGAAUCUUGGAGUGCCCCUAACGGUGAGCAAGUAAGCUUGACGUGGACAGCCGACGAAAACGGUUUUCAAGCACAAGGAUCUCAUAUUCCCACAGCUCCACCAGUACCUCCAGAAAUCCAACGGGCUUUGGAAUGGAACGCAGCUCAUCCUGAACAAGACAAUGAAGGACAGGGUGGUAGUCCCGCACGACCUCCUCCAAGAGGUUAAUCUUACACACCCCAUACCCCAUUAAGUGAACUACUCAAUACACAUCGACGAUCCUUGUGACCUACCGAAACGAUCCGGCUCGUCAUAAUGGUAAUAACUCCGACUUUAUGUAAUAACAACGAUCAAAUGAUUAAACAGAUAUUUUUUUUUUUAAAUCAUUUAUUAACUUUAUUAAUUUUUUAUCUACCGAAAAAUUACUCAAUAUUGAGUAAUUAAAUAAGGAUUGUUUUUUAUUAUUUUUUUAAUAACAUUAGUGACACGAUUGUUAAUAAUUAUUAAAUGUCAGCUAUUAAUAUUGUGAUUUUGUCAAUAAAUAUUUUAAUG